GAUACCUCCUCCUCCUCCUCCUCCGCCGGAACGGCGCGAUGAUGAGCCUCCGGAGGGGGUUGCCGCCGAAGCCAGAGAAGAAGAAUAAGAACCAAGGGGUGAAUGUGCAUCAUCAGCACGCGGCGUCGGCGAGCGCGGUGGAGACAAAGAAGGGGAAGAUGGCGGAGAGGACGGGGGCUGUGGAGAAGAAGAGCGUGAGCUUGUUGCAGGUGCUGAUUGAUUUGGAUGAUCAUUUCUUGAAGGCUUCGGAAAGCGCACAUGAGGUUUCGAAGAUGCUGGAGGCAAAUAGGAUGCAUUAUCACUCCAAUUUUGCGGAUAAUAGAGGGCACAUUGAUCACUCUGCGAGAGUCAUGCGGGUCAUAACAUGGAAUAGGUCCUUUAAAGGCAUGCCUAAUAGAGAUGAUUGGAAGGAUGAUUUUGAUAAUGAUGAAUGGGAAACACAUGCCACUGUUUUAGAUAAAAUGCUUGCAUGGGAAAAGAAAUUAUAUGAAGAAGUGAAGGCAGGAGAGCUUAUGAAAAUUGAUUACCAGAGGAAAGUUGCUUUACUGAAUAAGCAAAAGAAACGUGGUGCUAGUCCUGAGUCAAUUGAAAAAACCAAAGCAGCUGUCAGUCAUUUGCAUACUAGAUACAUAGUUGACAUGCAGUCCAUGGACUCAACAGUGCAUGAAAUCCAACGUUUACGGGAUGAACAGCUGUACCCGAAGCUUGUUGAGCUUGUUGAUGAGAUGGCCAAAAUGUGGGAAACCAUGUAUUCUCAGCACGACUCCCAGCUGAAGGUUGUUACCGACAUCAGAUCCCUGGACGUCUCAACAACAGCCAGAGAAACAAGCGAACACCACCAUGGUCGCACCGUUCAACUGUACGAUGUUGCUCGUGAGUGGCACUCUCAACUUCAAAAACUCAUAAGCCACCAAAAAGAGUACAUCCAAGCACUCAACAGCUGGCUAAAACUGAACCUAAUCCCAAUAGAGAGCAACUUAAAAGAGAAGGUCUCAUCACCUCCAAGAGUUCACCGUCCUCCAAUCCAAGCUCUCCUUGUUACUUGGCAUGAGUAUAUGGAGAAAUUACCAGAUGAGCUAGCUAAAAGUGCGAUCCAAAGCUUUUCUGGGGUUAUAAAUACUAUAAUGCUUCUUCAACAGGAAGAACUGAAGCAGAAAGAGAAGUGUGAAGAGACUCGGAGGGAGUAUGUGAAAAGGUCUAGAGCUUUUGAGGAUUGGUACCAUAGGUAUUCUCAGAAGAGGGCACAAUUAGGUGAAGAUGUAGAGGGGGAGAACCCUGAGGCAGGAAAUCAGAAGGAUUUGGUGGCAGAGAGGAAAUUUGUUGUUGAUUCUUUGAAGACUAAACUGGAUGAUGAGAUUGAAGCUCAUCAGAGACUUUGUAGACAGGUUAGAGAGAAGACCCUUGGGAGUUUGAAGUCACAUUUGCCGGAGCUUUUUAGGGCUAUGUCAGACUUUGCGCUUGCUUCUUCGGACAUGUAUCGGAGUUUGGGGUCCAUACCAGCUGCCCAUAAUUCAGAACUUGACUAGUUCGAGAAGGCAAAUGUAUAGAAGAAAUCUUAGAUGCGCCUAAAGUAUUUUCUUUCUUUUUUUCUAAUUUAUUUUGCUCCAUAUUGGGAUUUGUUUUGGUGAUGUUUAGCCACUAAAAGAGUUGGGCGUUUAGAUUGUUAUUAUAUUAUUGUUGUUAUGAUCAACAGAUUUGUAUUUGUAAUAGUUGAUGCGUAGUCUUCUCCUGUUUGCAAGUUGUUCUGUA